AUGGCCGCGCCCGCUGGGCGCCAACCGGAACCCCGCGGGGGAGGAGGGCGAGCCUUGUCACUCCCCUUCCCGGCAGUCUUUCCAGAGCCCCAGCUGCAGCCUUCCCUCCCGCCCUCCCUCCCUCCCUCCCUGCCCCCGCAGUGCAUCGUCCAGUCAUACCUCCAGUGGCUCCAGGACAGCGACUACAACCCCAACUGCCGGCUCUGCAACACCCUCCUGGCCACCAAAGACACAGCCCGGCUCGUGUGCUACGAUCUCUUCCACUGGGCCUGCCUCAACGAGAUGGCCGGGCAGCUGCCCAAGAACACGGCCCCCGCCGGCUACCAGUGCCCCAGCUGCAAGGGUCCCAUCUUCCCGCCUGCCAACCUGGUCAGCCCGGUGGCCUCAGCUCUGCGGGACAAGCUGGCCACGGUCAACUGGGCACGGGCGGGACUGGGGCUGCCACUGAUUGACGAAGCCGAGACCGUGCAGGAGCCGGAGCCAGCCGACAUCACAGACUACACAGACUGGGGCAGCUUCUCUGCGCCUGGCAGCUCCAGCCUGGACACCACCCCACACAGUGCCCGCCCGGCCUAUUCCUACAGCUCUACACCCGGGCUCUCCUCUUCCUCCUCCUCCUCACAGCCGCAGGGGCUGGACAGUGCAGCAGCAACGACAGGGGACCACACCGUCGUCCACAUGGGGGGCGAUGGCAGCGAGACCAUCACCCUCACAGCAGCCUCCACGCCACGGAAGGUCUAUGACACACGGGAGGGCGGCGGUGGCCGUGGGCCCGGCACCCACAUCGACUUUGAUGACGACAAGUACCGCCGGCGGCCGGCGCUCGGCUGGUUCGCCCGACUCCUCAAGAACCGGGCGGGCAACAAGAAGCCACCCCCACGCUCCCUGCUGCGGCGCUUCGUCAUCGUGCUGUUGGUCGGGGGCCUCGGCUUCCUCACCCUCCUUGUCAUCAUGGCCAAGCUGGGCCGAGCCGCGGCCGAUGCUGACCCCAACCUGGACCCUUUACUCAACCCACACAUCCGCGUGGGCCAGGAGUGAGCGGGGCUGCGGCUGGGGGGAGCCUGGCAGUGCAGAUCCCCCCCCAGCCCGGGGCCGCAGGGGUCCCUAGGUCCCCCUGGGAACCCACCAGCUGCAUAGCUGAGCCCCUGAGUAGAGGCUGAAGGAGUAGAAUCAUUCCAAGUGCCCCCUGGGUGGUGCAGGUGGAGGGGCUGGGCUGUGCGCGUGUGCUGGGGGGAGAUGGGGGACAGAGAGGUUUCCUGGCUAGAGGGGGAGGGACCCAGGCGUCAGGGCUCCCAGCCCCCCCUGCCAGCAACCCACUCCCCUGGAAGCGGGGGGAACGCAGGUGUCCAGGCUCUCAGCUGCUGCUGUUUUGGGAUAUUUAUUGGAACGGUUGUGGGGGCCCAGCUGGCCCGCCCCCACCCCACCCCACCAGCUGUACUACCCCCUGCGGACAUUUUGGGGUCCCAGCCCUCUGAUUCUUCCCUGUGCCUGGUCUCCUGGGGCUGGGGCCCCCAUGGAGCCAGGAAAGGACCCUGUCAUCGCCAUGGACUUGGAGCGGAGAUGCAGCCACUGCUCCGGUCCUGGGGUUUCCAGAGCUUUCAGGGGGAGUGGCUAUAACUGCAGCCCCCCCCACCCCCCGUUUGGGAGGGGGUGGUGGUGAUGUCAUGCUGUAGCAGUGAUGUCACGCUGUAGCGGUGAUGUCAUGCAGUGUCUGACACUACAGCACUAUCUGCCUUGUUCGUAAUAAACUUCUGUUGGCUAAGGCA